UCUCUGCUAUUUCUCUCACUACAUUCUUGUGUAAACCCUAAUUUUUCGCAUGCGAUUCAAUAGGUUAUACAAGAAAUUGAUAUGGGGCAUAAGAAGCGAAAUAAUGCUCGUCGCUUCAAAGGCUCUCAGCCACCAACGGCGACUCCUACAAAAGUCAACAACUCCGCCGUCGAUGGAGGAGCAAACCCCACGCUGCUGGAACUAGAAAUCAGCGAAAUUGCUGCAACCCCUUCAUUCUCCAACUAUUCAACCAUGAUCGAGUGCCAGCCAAUCCUAGCUGCUCUGCACCAAGGGAACCACAAGAAAGCCAUGCAGUUGAUGGAGGAUUUGCACUUAAAGCAUGAAAAUUCUGCCUGGAUUCACCAUGCAAUGGGGAAAGUUUGUGCUAGGGUUUCCUCGAUGAUUGAAGAUCCGACUGCCAAACAGCAGUAUUUGAAGAAGGCAAUAGAGAGUGCAAGGAAGUCGGUAACAAUGUCACCGGAUUCUUUUGAUUUUUCACUUUUUUAUGCGAAUUUGUUGUUUGAGACUGCAAAUGAGGGGGAGUAUGAGGAGGUUGAGCAGGAGUGCCAGAGGGCAAUGGAAAUUGCAUCCCAGUUCCUUCAAAGCCUUUCCAAAUUUGAGGCUCGGGUGAUCUGGUUCGAAAAUGAGGUGCAGUCUUUGAUUCAGAAGUUAAAUACAGCAACAGAGUGCCAUGAGAAGACUUCCACGCCUGAGGUUGCGGUUCCCCCAGUGCAAAAUGGGGAGGGGUCCUUGAUGCAGAAGUUCAACAUUGCAUCCAUUUUGACUAGUAAGGAGAAUCUGGGUUAUGAUGAGGAGAAGUUUUUGUCAUUUCCAGCUAGAGUCCCUGACGAACCAAUGGAAUUGAGAACGAUUCUUGGGAGAAGGCCUAAUGAGAUUGAGAAGACAACUAAAAAUCCUGAGGAACUUAGGAAAGAGAUUGAGGAGAGGGUGGCUGCUGCUCGGCUUCUGCAGCUCAAGUCUUUGUCCCCUCUGUGUGGUAACAACAGCAAUAAGGGGUUGGAUUCUAGUUCACGGAUGGGUAAUAGAGUAGGAAUAAGAAGGAAAAAAGGGAAGGGGCAGAGAAACAUUUCUUCAGCUGAGAUAAGGGACUUUGUUCGGUCUUAUUGGAACUCAAUGAAUUUGGAUAGGAAGAUAGAAUUGCUUAAAGUUAAUAUUUCAGAUCUCAAGCUACAUUCUAGUUUGUUAAAGGAAGAGUCAGUGAGUGAGGUCCUUCAAGAAGCUUUAUCUUUUGUGAAAGAAAAUAAGGUAUGGAAGUUUUGGCUGUGCUGUUGCUGCAAUAAAAUAUUUCCCGAUGUACAUUCACAUAGGGAGCACGUAAAAUAGGAGCAUAUGAGGAC